GCACAAGUUUCCAGUACUUGUAGCCCACCACCCUCAGGGCAGUGGGUGGAGAAACUGACGUGCGGAGGGGCGGGUCCGCUUCCUCACCUGGCCCCUAGCCCUUACCCCGCCGCCCACGAGGGGAGGAGCCAGCGGCCGCCCCGGCCUUGGGGCUCUACGAGCAUGGCGGGCCCGGGGUCGCGGCCACGGAGCUGGGGCUGGCGGGAGACUGGCUCUGGGCACGAGGCUGCGGCCGGUGGGCCCGGCCCGGGACUAUGUCGCUGCGCACAAGGGAGGCGGGCGCUGGCCGGCCCCCGGAAGCCGGCUGUGCCCGCCGCGUGGACAUCCUUCAUGGAGGCUGAGGAGAUGCAUUGGCCUGUCCCCAUGAAAGCCAUUGGUGCCCAGAAUCUGCUGACCAUGCCUGGUGGUGUGACCAAGGCUGGCUACCUGCAUAAGAAGGGUGGCACCCAGCUGCAACUGCUCAAAUGGCCCCUACGCUUCGUGAUCAUCCACAAGCGCUGCAUCUACUACUUCAAGAGUAGCACAUCUGCCUCUCCGCAGGGUGCCUUCUCCCUGAGUGGCUACAACCGAGUGAUGCGGGCAGCGGAGGAGACAACAUCCAACAACGUCUUCCCAUUCAAGAUCAUUCACAUCAGCAAGAAGCAUCGCACGUGGUUCUUCUCAGCCUCCUCUGAGGAUGAGCGCAAGAGCUGGAUGGCCUUGCUACGCAAGGAAAUCGGCCACUUCCAUGAGAAGAAGGAGCUACCUCUAGAAACCAGUGACUCUAGCUCAGACACGGACAGCUUUUAUGGUGCAGUUGAACGACCUAUAGAUAUCAGCCUCUCUCCAUACCCCACAGACAACGAAGACUAUGAACAUGAAGAUGAGGAUGACUCGUACUUGGAACCUGACUCCCCGGGGCCCAUGAAGCUUGAGGAUUCCCUGACACAUCCACCAGCCUACCCACCACCCCCUGUGCCCGUACCUCGGAAGCCAGCCUUCUCUGACUUGCCCCGUGCCCACUCCUUCACCUCCAAAAGCCCAAGCCCCUUACUUCCACCCCCACCCCCUAAGCGAAGCCUUCCGGAUGCUGGCCCUGCCCUUGAGGAUGCUAAGAAGGACCCGUUGGGCUUGCGGCGAAUAGAGCCUGGCCUCAGGGUGCCUGCUACCCCUCGGAGGAUGAGUGACCCUCCACUGGGCAAUGCACCCACCAUGCCCAGCCUCCGGAAACCUUGCUUCCGAGACAGUGUGAACCCCAGCCCGGAACCCUGGACCCCUGGCCAUGGGACUAGCUCUGUCUCCAGCUCUGCCGCCAUGGCCGUGGCCACCUCAAGGAACUGUGACAAACUCAAGUCCUUCCACCUGUCUUCCCGAGGGCCGCCCACGUCUGAGCCCCCACCUGUGCCUGCCAAUAAGCCCAAGUUCCUGAAGAUAACUGAAGAAGCCUCCCCGAGGGAGGCAGCCAAGCCUGGACUCUUUGUGCCCCCUGUGGCCCCCAGGCCUCCCGUGCAGAAGAUGCCCAUCCCUGAGGCUACAGUUCGGCCUGUGGUGCUGCCUAGACCGGAAAAGACACCUCUCCCCAACCUCCAGCGAUCCCCCCCUGACGGACAGAGUUUCAGGAGUUUCUCCUUUGAAAAGGCCCGACAGCCCUCACAGGCUGACCCUGGCGAGGAGGACUCAGAUGAGGACUAUGAGAAGGUGCCGCUGCCUAACUCUGUGUUUGUCAACACCACAGAAUCCUGUGAGGUAGAAAGGUUGUUCAAAGCUACGAAUCCCCGUGGAGAGCCUCAGGAUGGGCUGUAUUGCAUUCGGAACUCCUCCACCAAGUCAGGGAAGGUCUUGGUCGUGUGGGAUGAGUCCUCGAACAAAGUGAGGAAUUAUCGCAUCUUUGAGAAGGAUUCUAAGUUCUACCUGGAAGGUGAGGUUCUGUUUACAAGUGUGGGCAGCAUGGUGGAGCACUACCACACUCAUGUGCUGCCCAGCCACCAAAGCCUGUUGCUGCGGCACCCGUACGGCUACACUGGGCCCAGGUGAUGUCCGUUCUACACAGCUGUUGGGUGGAAGCAGCCACGGGGCCACAGCCCUGCCACACAGAUGGAGACCGGCUUGCAUGGAAAGAUGAGCAGGAAUGGGCUUGACACCAGAACCUCAUCAACAAGACUCCCAGCCUCAGUGAACAGGCUGGGUCCCAGGCUGGAGCAGGCCAAACUCCUAGAGGACUGGCUGGCUGAUGUGGCCCAUCCAGCCCCUCCAUGUCCCACCUCUCAAGAAUCCAGGGCCGACGACACAAAAUCCGGUCCCCAUAGCAUACCCACCCUGUAGUGGGGGCUGGGACCAAGCAAGGCUAGGGUAGUUGGAUAGGGCCGAAGGCUGGUCCUAGGACCUAUAGAAAUGCUAAGACACAGGCUCAAGGAGGGACCAUCGCCUCUUAAUAAAUCAGAGAUGACUUGUCUCAAUGGCCAGGGUUUGAUUGGCACUGAGGGAACAGCAGGCUGUACUGAACAUCACCGAUGUCGGGGUAAAGAGCUACUGACAGCAGCCCUGAUGGGUGGUCUUCAGUCUUCUAGGGCACAAGCUGCUGAGUGAACUAACUGACUGGGGGACAUAGCUCAAUAAUAGAUCAGGAUCCAUCUGGAACAGUGUUGGCUGCAAACUUCAAAGUCCCAGUUAGCAGUUACUGAGUGCCUCCUAUGUGACUGGCCUGGUGCUGGAGCUGGUUGUUGGCUGUGAGCAGCCCCUAGUCCGGCUUGGCAGAGCUUAGUCUAGAGCAGGUCAGUGAGUAGGAGGUGCUGGUGAUGGUGCAGUGUUCUGAGAAGCUGUGCAUGAAGGAGCCAGGAGCUUGGAAUCCAGUGGGAGGGUCUGGGAAGACUUCUUACAGGAAGUGCUCGCUAGAGCAAAGUGGGGAGAGUGGGGUCUGGAUGGGCCAAGGAUGGCUGGGGAUAGUCUCAUCCAGAUGCCCAAGUAGUUUGGGUGGUCCCAAUUGGUCCCCUCAUGAAAUUCUGCCAGGCUACACCCUUGGUACAGCCAUCUAGAUUGGACUUUUUUGUGAAAAUAAAUGCAUGUGGAGGUCAGGGCUGGCAAAGACCUUGGCAUCAUCUGGCCUUCACUGUACUUUAUGUUGGAGAAGAAGAGUUUAAUCUUUAUUUUAUUAUUUUAUGUGUAUGAGUGUUUUGCCUACAUGUAUGUGUGUAUUGUGUGUGUGCCUGGUUCCCCUGGGGGAAUCAGAAGAGGAUGUCAGAUCUGGAACUAGAGUUAUGAAUGGUUGUGAGUUGCUACAUGGAUACUGAGAAUUGAACCUGGGUCCUCUGGAAGAGCAGCCAGAGCUCCUUACUGCUGAGCCAUCUCACUAGCCCUAGUGGAGAAGAUUUUUGCAUAGAACCCAGAUCAAGGACUGUACUUGUGCCCAGAGGCCAGGGACUGCUGUCUAAUGAGAAAGACUUUUGUUUGGAACCCCAAACUCCUGCUUUAUUUUGGAGGUGCGUAGUUGACUAAGUGAGUCAAAUUCGUGGAAGUAGGAGGCUUUGGCCCCAGAGCAUCAUGGGUGCAGUGAAUGGCAGAUACUGGAUUCCAGUGGCCAUCUGCUUCCAGGAACCAGAGUCCAUCCAUCUUGACAGAUGUUUCCUUUCAGCCUGCCAGGGGAGAAGGAUCAGGAUGCCAUGGUCAAAUUUAGGUCACAUGGAACAAUCCUACAGGACCAGCCAUUUUCUCCCUGCCUUCUGUCCUAAACUCAAUCAGGAGCUGGGGCCAUGUACACUGUAACUACAGCAUCCAUUUCUGUAAAAUGUAAAACAGAACUGGAUGAGAAUAGGUUUUGAUCCUGUGUCUAGGAAUCUGCUGAGUGUGCACUGCAGCACAGUGCACUGUUUUGGGGACCAGCUCAAUGGCUAACAUGCCUUUCAAGCCCCAGGCUAGAGGAUUUGGGGGUUCUUUGGCCCAGAGACAUGUGAUGGAUCCUUUAGGCUGACUAAACAGUUGAGGUCUGUGGACAUCCAAGGCCCACCUAGGGGUUUCGUACAGCUUUGUCUUAUCUCUUGGGACUCUGGACCAGCUGGUGCAGCUGACCACCUCUUUGAACUGCCCCAAGUCCAGGGCCUCAUUUGCAAGAUUGUGUGCAGAGGCUGAUGGGAGUCCUGGCCAUGGUCCUACAGCGUGAAAGAGGAAUUCAUAAUGUGGUGGUUACCAUAUAUUGAACACUUCCAGCACUUGUGAUGCUGAGCCGGAAAAGUAGACCCACUUUUAAGUGAGAGAACUGGGGCUCAGAGAAGCCUGAGUUCAAGCCCCAGCUUCGCUUCUCACUAUCAUGUGGAUCAGUCACUGCUUUAGUGCUCUAUGUCAAAACCAUGACUCCUCAUGGCUCCCUGACACUCCUCUUAGGCACCACUAAUUAUGGGAGUCUGGUCAGCUCUAUUUACCCCCAGAGCUCUGAAGGUGCCCUCACCCACCCCAGGAGCCAUAGCUCUGGGGGAAGAAAUUGCUUUGCCUUCUGGUUCCCAGUGUGUGAGGCAGGGUUUGGGUGUGAGCAACAGGAGCUUCAGGUCCAGCCCUAAGGACAAAUUUACACCACCCUUCCUUCCUUCCUUUCCUUUUUUUGGGGGGCGGGUUGUUCGUCUGUUUUUUUGAGACAGAGUUUCUUGGUAUAGCCUUGGCUAUCCUGGAACUAGCUCUGUAGACCAGGCUACACAGAGAGAUCCACUUGCCUCUGCGUCUUGAGUGCUGGGAUUAAAGGCAGGUACCACCACUGCCAGACCUUCUUUCUACUGAGAAAGAAAAUGAAACCCAGGGCAGGUUCCCUGACUUGCCUGCUGUCAUGAUGUAUUCAGAGAUGGCUUCUGUUUGGGGCUUGAGGGAAGGAGGCAUCAUGGGAAGCAACCCUGAGUCAAGAGCUGGGGAGGAACACAGUUGUAUGUUUCCUGUGUUUGAUCUGAGAGUGUGGAGAGCCUUUCUGCCCUCUGGAUUUCUCUCUCUCUCUCUCUCUCUCUCUCU